UCGUCCCAAAAACCUUAAACCCUCGCUGGCUCUCUCUGCUCUUCCAGAACACCAGAAUCAUGAAGCUCCUCCAAUCCAUAGCCGGCCACAAUCGGUUUGUUCUUCGAGCAAUUGGGCGCAGAUACUUUGCAGGAUAUUCUGCAGAAGAAUACGCCAGGAAAAAUUACGCCAACAAUGAAUCCGAAUACAACACCGUUAUCAACUCUCUCACUGCUCAAAGAAGGCAUUAUCUACUGAGGGAUGUUUAUGAUGAUAUGAUGCUUGAUGGGGUGAAGCCAGAGAGGGAUACUUUCCAUUCACUUAUCAUUGGGACUAUGAAAGGGUCUCGUCUGCAAGAUGCAUUCUUUUUCAGAGAUGAGAUGAAAGCAAUGGGUGUAAUCCCUGAUGUUGCAUUGUACAACUUCUUAAUCUCAACUUGUGGGAAAUGCCAUAAUUCAGACCAGGCAAUUCUGCUUUUAGAAGAAAUGAAGAGAUAUGGAGUCAAACUCAACGGGGAGACCUAUGUUUGUCUACUAAAUGCAUGCGCAGCCUUGGGCAGAUUAGAUCGAGUGUUGCCAAUAGUCAAGGAGAUGACUGCAGGUGGUCUUGGUUUGAACAGAUUUUGCUAUGCAGGCCUAAUAACUGCACACAGAAAUAGGAUACCUCUUUCAGAUGAUGUAGCUUCCAAAAUCAUUGAGCUGGUUGAGCAGUCCAAGGGUUGGGCAUCCGUGGACCAAUCAAAAACCACAGCAGAAAAUGUCAUGAUGGGCAUCACUGAUGAAGAGCUGUACAAUAUGCCUACUGCUGAGUAUGUUCGUCGGCGUGGUGGUUUUGUGAAUCGGUUGCUUACUGUAUAUCAUGUUGCAUUUCAUGCAUUGGCUGAUCUUGCGAAUGUAGAGGCAAUGGAAGCUCUUUGGGAUAUGCUUAGAAAGGAUGGUCAACUUCCAGAUAUUUUCAUCCUGCUGCAAAUUAUGAGGUGCUAUCUAUAUUCUGGAGACAUAGACCGUGGGCAGCAGAUCUUUGAAGACUACAUGAGUUCAGGGAAAGCACCUGUUCCAGAGCUUUACGUUACUCUGACUGAAGGAGCAAUGCGCGGAUAUACUGCCAAGGGAAUGCAACUUGCACAAGAUACACUGGUAAAUAUGAAUUCCAGAAACUUUUUCCUUAGCCCAAAACAAGGAAAUGAUCUCCUCCUUGCAGCCUCAGGUGAAGAGACUGGUGGGUUUACAACUGCCAAUUUGAUAUGGGAUAUGAUGCAAACUCGCAAUUUCAUCCCAUCUCUUCCAGCUGUUGAAGCAUAUUACAACGGUUUAAAAAGACGGGAAAUUCCUGAAGAUGACGAACGGUUAACGCUAGUAUCACGCACUCUAGAAAAUCUACGUACAAGACGAUUUUCUGGACCAUUUCCUCAAUCCUAAUGGAAGAUAAGUGGUGUUCCAAUCGUCAUUCUUGCAGUCGAUUGUUGUAACCUAAAACUGCUGCCAUUACCACCCUGGCAUGUUUUUUUUUUGCCUCAAUGAGAUUAUUGCAUUGGGGUAAUCGCUUCAUUGCUUGUUAUCGGAGGAAUCUUCAAGAUCCCUAGGGGUGGUGUUAGAUGGAUUUUAAUCCCUUAUAAGGUAAACGAUUUACUCAGUUGCUAGAUAGCUGAUUAUUUUUUCUGUCAUUAAUUUACGAGGAUUGUGAAGUCAAGUGGAGUUCUGUAUAAGAGCAUCAGAUGCCAUGUUGCUCUUGUAAACAACAUUCCUCCAUUCACAAAAUGAAGGAAACCUGACAAUUUCAUUACUAGAAAGUUAAUGGAUGGUUCGAUGCUUCUGGUUCAUGAAAA